AUGUCCGUGAUCACUCUGUGUUUGCUGUGGGCCCUGGCAAUGGUGGCCCAGCCUCUCUCAGCAGCCCCAGUGAGCAGCCCGAAGCCAGCACAGCAUGAAGAGCUGACCGUGCUCUUCCACGGGACCCUCCAGCUGGGCCAGGCUCUCAAUGGCGUGUACAGGACUACAGAGGCACGGCUGAUGGAGGCUGGGCGCAGCCUGGGCCUCUAUGGCCAUGCACUGGGACUCUUAGGGCAGGAGGUCAGCCAGGGACGGGAUGCAGCCCAGGAACUUCGAGCAAAACUGUUGGAGAUGCAGACGGAGGAGAAUGCUCUGCAGCUACAGGCAGAGGCCACAGCCCAGGCGCUGGGGGAAGCGGCCCAGGCACAGCAGGAGCUGUGGGACAGCGUGCGGUGGCUAGAAGUCCAGCUGAAGGGUGUCCGGCUGGGCCAUGCCCACCACAAAUUUGAGGCCUUAAAGGCUCACGCUGACAAACAGAGCCACAUCGUGUGGGCCCUCACAGGUCAUGUGCAGCGACAGAGGCAGUUGAUGGCAGCACAGAAGCACCAGCUGCGACAGAUCCAGGCGAGGCUCCAUACAGCGGCUCUCCCGGCCUGAGCCUGCCUGGGCAGAAUUGAGGACCAGUCACGCAGCGAGGGACACUUCCAUGCCCCACGCAGCCCCUGCAUAGGGAGGAGACUCCCGCUCUUUGAAGUCAGCCAGGGCACCAGGCCUUGCUUCCAGACACAGAGCAGAGACGGAAGCAGGCGGGGACGAAGGCAGAGGACAUGGCCCAUGGGGGAGGGGUGGAGG